GGGAGCGAGGAGAGGCCGCGACCGGAGAGAAAACGCCGGAGUCGCCGCCGGAGAAAAGUCGACUCCCCAGCCGCCGCCGCCGCCGCCAGCGAGGCCCGCCCACCCGCUCGCCCGUCCCCCUGCCCCGUUCACAAUAAUUCUUCCUUCACAAAUUCUUUGAAGUACCCUCUUAGAUUAAAAACUUGGAAGAAAAGUGUAGCAGCCGUAGUCCAAAAAAGCAGUCUCCAUGUGGUCACACGAACGCUACCUUCAAAAUGAGUGUUUUCCAGAAAGCAGGCAGCCUGCUUCUGCAAAGUGGUAUGAUCGAAGGGACUAUGUCUUCAUUGAAUUCUGUGUUGAAGACAGUAAAGAUGUUAAUGUAAAUUUUGAAAAAUCCAAACUUACAUUCAGUUGUCUUGGAGGAAGUGAUAAUUUUAAGCAUUUAAAUGAAAUUGACCUUUUUCAUUGUAUUGAUCCAAAUUCUAGAGAACGUAAGGGAAGAAGUAAGAAAGGAGAGGAUUCCAAGCACAAAAGAACGGACAGAUCAAUUUUAUGUUGUUUACGAAAAGGAGAAUCUGGCCAGUCAUGGCCAAGGUUAACAAAAGAAAGGGCAAAGCUCAAUUGGCUUAGUGUGGACUUCAAUAAUUGGAAAGACUGGGAAGAUGAUUCAGAUGAAGACAUGUCUAAUUUUGAUCGUUUCUCUGAGAUGAUGAACAACAUGGGUGGUGAUGAGGAUGUAGAUUUGCCAGAAGUAGAUGGAGCAGAUGAUGAUUCACAAGACAGCGAUGAUGAAAAAAUGCCAGAUCUGGAAUAAGGAGUAUUGUCAUCACCUGGAUUUUGAGAAAGUGAUUUCUCUGCAAAAUUUCAUAAUUGAGAGAAUUCCUGAGUUGAUAGCUCUAAAGGUGGAUGCUGUAUUUGCCUCCUUUAACCCAUUUUUCAACCUAUUUGUUUUUUUAAAAGGCUUCACUAAGGGUUGAUAUGUACCAUUGUAAGGGGCAGUUUUAAGUCAGCUAAGGCAAUAACCUUAUGCAUGAACAUUUCCCAGACUUCAUGAAGCUGUUGAGGUCCUAGAUAAUUGAUACAGCAGUUGUGAUAAAUAAAAACAUUUCACUUAAGUCUCCUUUACUUCUUCAUAACAUAGAUACUGACAUGAUAGGAAGUGCUCAGCUUAGGGAAAGAUAAGUAAAUUUUAGGGUUUAGAACAUGGACUCAAACGUGGCUGAAACAAAUUGGCUGACACCUUAAACUGAUAACCGGCUAUUCCUCUGGUGUAUCCUUCAGGAGUGUUCCACUAAAGUUUAUUUUUCAAAAAAUUCACUUCACAUUAUUCUAUGUAAGUGAUCACUUGUCAGUGUUCCAGAUGUAUCUUAGCUAAAACUAGUGAAUGCCCUAACUUAGAUGGUUUUUGAAGCCUAUACAUUUGGUAUUGUUUGGCCCUUAAGCUUUUACAUCUCUUAGCAUGGAGGACGAAGAAAGCUGUACAUUGUUGCUUGAGAGUCUGUACAUUUAGACCAGAUUUGUAUUUGCACUGUCAGUAUGGCAAAUGAGUGAAGAAAAUGUUAAUACACUAUUGGAAAUUUUUUUUUAUUUCUUUUUUUUUUCUGGUUCAGCUUAUACCAGGGCUGAAAACCUCAAUUUAUGUUCAUGACAGUGGGGAUUUUUUUAAAUGUCUACAUUCUUUCUAAUAAACUGUUGGAAGACUUCUUGGCUGUCCUUUUAAGUGUCUGGUUUACCGUAACUUCAUGUAUUUACCAUUUACUGGAAUGGAAUUUUUAUUUUUAUUUGAGAAAGAACUUGGGACUAUUCCUCUGUUGAAUAAAGAGGCUUGCUGUAAUGUCACAGGAGACCUUCUUAAAGUGGAUCUGUAAUAGAAAAUUGUAGAUGCACUUGGCAGCAGUUGAAAAAGGAAGUUGUUGUGAUUUGAUUGAAAUAAAACUGAAUGUGUUGUCCUCCACUA